AUGGAGUUUCCGGAGCUGGGCGAGCACUGCUCGGAGCGCACCUGCAAGCAGCUGGACUUUCUUCCUCUGAAAUGUGAUGCAUGUGGGGAAGUCUUCUGCAAAGAUCACAUCCGUUAUGAUGACCACAAGUGUGGCUCUGCCUACAAGAAAAAUGUGCAGGUUCCAGUGUGUCCACUCUGUAACACACCUAUCCCAGUUCAGAAGGGGGACAUAGCAGAUGUUGUGGUUGGAGCCCACAUGGAUAAGGACUGUGAAUACAAUCCAGCACAGCAAAAGCAGAGGAUCUUCACAAACAAGUGCUUAAAGCCAGGCUGCAAAAGGAAAGAGAUGAUGAAGGUAGUUUGUGAACAGUGUGGUGGCAACUUCUGCAUAGAACACCGGCAUCCUUUGGAUCAUGACUGUAAAGGGAGGAGCCACCCCACCUCCAAGGCAGGGUAA